AUGGGGUCAAUAUCAGAAUUUGGCAAGUCUCAAGACGCGCACAAGUUGGUCGAUGCCCUCAACCAUCUGAUGGAACGUUUGAACCCACCUUGUCGACUCUCGACUCAAUUUGCCCCUCCAUUGUGUUUUCCUUUCAAAUCUGAGAGCUCGAGUUUUGCCCUGGCUUUGCGCGACUUCAAAGCGACCCCAAUCCUCCCUUCUCCUCUCUUUUUCAUCUCGCGGUACAACCUUUCCAUCUUGCGACCACCCCACCCUGAUCACCAGUCGCACCCUUACGAUGAAGCGCAUGCUUCCCAUUGA